AUUUACAAUCAUUUUUAGAAUKCAGAGGAUGUYGACGAUGAUGCCAAUACUGACAGAGAGCAAAGAGAAACACCCAGGAGACGAUURAGUGAUGAUCGACGAGCUKGCCUUGAAGAUGACACGACUAGUGAAGAUGAUGAAGAGGAAAUGCUYAAAUAUGGRGCACGAAGUGUUUUAAUGCUGAUUAUUCCAGUAUCUACUUGUAUGUUGGUUGUAGUGGCAACUAUUUCAUCUGUAACAUAUUAUACAGAAAAUAAUGGCACUUACUUGGUUUAUACUCCGUUUCAUGAAGAAAAUGGAAUUAGCAGUGCYCAAAAGGCUGGUGAAGCCAUUGCAAAUGCAUUCAUAGUCAUUGGUGUUGUUUUAGUUUUGACAAUAAUAUUAGUGGUGCUUUACAAGUUUAGAUGCUACUGUAUAAUUUCUGGUUGGUUGGUAGUAUCUUCGUUGCUACUCCUUUUCUUCUUUGGGUACAUUUAUUUCCAAGAACUAUUAAAAGUGUACAAUGUUCCCAUGGACUAUUUUACAUUGUCCAUUAUAAUCUGGAACUUUGGGGUYGUGGGGAUGAUUUGUAUUCACUGGAAAGGUCCGUUACUCCUCCAACAGGCCUAYCUUAUUCUUGUCAGUGCUCUUAUGGCUCUGGUUUUCAUUAAGUACUUACCAGACUGGACAACUUGGGCUAUUCUAGCUGCAAUAUCUUUAUAUGAUUUAUUUGCAGUGUUAUGUCCAAAAGGUCCCCUGAAAAUAUUGGUUCAAACAGCUCAGGAAAGAGAUGAGCCAUUGUUCCCAUCUCUCAUCUAUUCUUCUACUAUGAUGUGGACAGUAGGAAUGGCUGAUAGAAAUCAAGAUAGUCAGCCUUCCGGCCAAUCYAAUUCAUCAGUACAGUGCGAUGGCCYACUUGGUGAAUCUAAUGAAAGUGGACCAACAACAGAAGAUGCUCAACAGGCUGUAAGAAAUCUAGGAAAUGGAAAUGAUGAAGCUCCACAGCAGAACAAUGAUGAUGAUGAAGAAGAAGAAAAGGGUGUUAAGCUUGGUCUUGGAGAUUUCAUUUUCUACAGUGUCCUUGUUGGUAAAGCAUCAUCUUACAAAGACUGGAACACAACCAUUGCAUGUUUUGUUGCUAUUCUCAUUGGUCUCUGUCUCACCCUACUGUUGUUAGCAAUAUACAGAAAAGCUCUUCCUGCUUUACCAAUAUCCAUCACAUUUGGACUUAUAUUCAAUUUUGCUACCAAAGAACUUGUCAAGCCAUUUAUGGACAGUCUCUCAAGCCAACAGGCAUUUAUAUGAUUCCAACUUUCACCUGGAUUAAUAACUACUAAAUAAAGAUCUUAGAUCUACUCUAUUGUAGUGGUARUUAACCUGUGAAAUAAGAUCAAAUGAGCAUUAGUAAUCAAAAUGGUUACUCUUGGUUCUUAUUUCAUUGUUUAACAACAAUAUCUUGAUAUUCUUUGGUGUGCAUCUUUCACCUGAUAUUUACAUCAGGCUUUUAAAGGUUUUUAUUUGUUGCUUCAUGAUGUACAAAAAUGUUGAUAAUGUAUGAUUUCCAUCCUAAACUAUUCAUCAGCUUUUGGGCAAGUGGACACCAUAUAUAUCCCUGAAGCAAGCACUAAAUACUUUGUUUGAUGUAACAGGGAAUUUUUGGUUUAAAAAUACUAAAUAUUCAUGGAUGUAWGGUGUGCACUGUUCCUCAGAAACAAAGAAAAMGCUGCAUGUAGKAUGRAAACAGAUASAGAAGAGAAAUCUUUGUUYCUCAUUAAAAUGGUAUAGGCUUUUKGGGAUAACUAGCAACAAUGAUAGCCAAAACAUAUCAUGAUACACUGGCUCAUUGCAAUGGUUCCUGUUUUUGCACAUCAUUUGCAAUGGUUAUGUUUUCCUUGCUGUUUAGCUGUAAUUGUGUUGAAAGAAAGUUCCUGAGAAACUGAGCUGUAUAGUUGGAGAAAACUGUUAAGAUAUCUUAAUGACAUCUAGAUGUCUUACAUAUGAAUGAUUUGACGACUUGUUUUGCUUUUGGUAUCAUUGGUAUUGUAAUUAGUUCUCUUGGUUGUUGAUUUUUUUCUAAAUUCAUUGAGUUGAAUAAUUAUUUAAAGUGAUAGUGAAAUAAUGAUGAUGUAGUUGUUUGUGCAAACAGGAAUGAAUAUAUUAAGUAUAUGCCAAAUAGUGUACAGCAAAGUACUUUAAUGUAUUGAAAUAAAAACAGUAAAUUGAUCAUGUAC